CAUAUGUCAGGGAAAGCUGAUAGGGGAGAGACAUGUACAUGCUGCUUUCUAUUUUUCUGUAAUAAAAUAGAAAGCAGCAUGUCUCCCUAGCAAAACACACACAGCACAAUGUAAAACAGCAAAAAGUUAACGCUUUGAUUGCUCCAGAUGUUAACCUCUUCCUGCCCAGUGUCAUUAGUACAGUGUCAGUGCUUUUUAUUAGCACUGAUCAUUGUAUUCGUGUCAUUGGGAGCGCAGUGUCAGUUCUCACCCAGUGUCAGAGUGCUCGCCGCAGUCCCGCUAUAA